AUGGCUUCUUCUUCCAAAACCCUAGUUUUUCAAAGAGCAAAGGUAAAAUACUCUUCUUCUAUCGGUCAUUCCAAUAUCCCUGUUGUGAAGGAAAACUGCAAUUGCCAAGAUCUAGACAUUAUCGCUCCUGAUCUAGCGGAGCGGGAGACGGGAGGGGAGCUUACCCUAGCUCGGUUGAUGAACCUCUAUUCCCCCAAGAUCUUCCGCGGGGAAAUGGUAAAUUUCAACAAGUGUGGCCACCAUGCUCUGCUAUCUAGCAUGGAUGAUGACAACGACCGUGAGUGGAUGGAACAAUCGUCCCAUAUCGUUAUUGACUCUUCUUCUUCCACUUAUUUCAGCGACUCGGGCUCAGUUGUCGUCCCCGAGGAGGAAGUUUUGGCUAAUCCUAUUGAUGCGGCGAGGCUGCUUCAGGAGGCGUUUACUCGAACAUGCAUCUCUAGGCCUUCUUCUGGUGUAAGUCCUUCUUUUCGAUGUCACCGGCCGGAGAACAAGCAACCAAAAAAUAGACGUUCCUCUGCGGCCGGGGGAAAAUAUAAAAGGGCAAGAAGUGUCGUGCCCGAGCUGUCUUCAGAUGCUAUGGUUUUGAGCACCGUGCCCGAGCCGGCCAUAGAUAUCGUGGCUAUUGAUGAUGAUAGAGAAUCUAGUGAUGAUAGAAGACGACGACCUUCAUCGACUCAACAUAAUACUCAAUUUGUUGAGCUGAGUACCGGGUCCCUGCCAUCUUCAGUUGAUGAGAAACCAACAACCAGCACCGCGCUUGCUGCAGCCACUUCUCGUGCUUCCACGCCAUCAGCUUCAUCUGCUUCUUCACCAACUCUAUUUCUGCCUCCAACAACUGUUACAUCAUCUCCACCGGUCGCAGUUGCCCGAGACAAUAAUGAUCAACUAUUGGCCGAGCGAUAUCAAACCGCUGCUCGUCUCUCAAAACCGGAAGCACGGGUUGCCGAGGCCGUGGAGUUGGAGGUUCAAUUGCAGCAAAAAGCUAAGGCCAAAUGGGUUGAGGUUCAAAAUGCCAUUCUUACUGCAUCCGAUCAUGAGGCUGCUUCCAUAGAAAGAUUGAAUAACUUGGAGGCAGCCUUACACUCCAAAACUGAAGAAAUCGUUGCGGCUGAAGAGAAGCAUGCCCGGUUGAAGGAAAGGCAUAAGAAGGUCACAGAACAUAACAAGGUUUUUUGCUCAACUGUUCGUGACCUUGAUGUCAGCCUCCAGGCCACUAGAUUUGUGCGGGACAGUCUUUCUGUCGAGGUUGAUAAACUUAAAGAAGAACUUCAGCGUCGAGCGGCUUCCCUCAUUGUUGAGAAAACACAUUCUAUGUAUAGCAUGAGGAGAAAAAUCUUGGAAGAGGCCAAAGCGGGUCUUAUUGACUUUGAAGCCGAAAUCGCUAAGGCCCAGGAAGCGGAAGGUGACGAUGCUGAAGGCCAGAAUAUCAAACCGGCGGCGGAUCUACCCACUUCUCCUGGGGCGUAG